AUGGACCGUGACUCUCUUGUAUUCCUCGCAAAGUUAGCCGAGCAGGCCGAGCGUUAUGAUGAGAUGGUUGACCACAUGAAGGCCGUCGCUAAUAACCACAACGUCGAGCUUACUGUAGAGGAGCGCAAUUUGCUGUCCGUCGCGUACAAGAAUGUAAUUGGUUCACGUCGUGCGUCGUGGCGCGUCAUCUCAUCUAUUGAGAACAAAGGUGAUUCGGAGCGCAGCGAACACAUUAAGGCGUACCGUCAGAAGAUUGAGGGUGAGCUUGUGGAUAUCUGUAACGACAUCUUGACCAUUAUUGAGAACAACCUCAUCCCCAACUCAUCGAGCGAAGAGGGCAAGGUCUUUUACUACAAGAUGAAGGGCGACUAUCAUCGCUACUUGGCUGAAUUCCAGGUUGACGACGAGCGUAAGGAGUCUUCAGACAAAGCCCUUGAGAGUUACAAGCAAGCUUCGACCAUUGCAAUGGCCGAGCUCCCCCCAACCCACCCCAUUCGUUUGGGUCUGGCUCUUAAUUUCUCCGUGUUCUACUAUGAGAUCUUAAACUCGCCAGAUCGUGCUUGUAACUUGGCCAAGCAAGCUUUCGACGAUGCGAUUGCUGAGUUGGAUACACUUUCUGAGGAAAGCUACAAGGACAGCACAUUGAUUAUGCAGCUAUUGCGUGACAAUUUGACACUGUGGACUUCGGACCAAGAACCUGAUAACGCAGAUGCGAAUCAGGGUGACAUGAAUGUGCAAGAUGUAGAAUAA